GCGCACGCUGGGACGAGCUCGGGAAGGAGAGCGGUGUCGAGGAGCGUACGCGCAUAAGCAUAGAGGAAGGUGGGGUGAGGAGGGGAAUGAAUGAGAGAGCGGAGAGUGAGAGAGAGAAAGCCGAGACUUUAGGCGAGCCGGUAGAGGAAGGUGGGGACAAGGUGCAGGAGUGGCUGAGUGGCAAGUGGGGAGAAGGAAGCGUAGUGAAGGGAAGGGGGGAAAAGAAGGGGGAAGACAAGAGCGGAGCGGGGAAAGGAAGAAGAGGCAGACCGACUAAGGCGGAGAACCUGGGGCGAGAGAGAAGGGAUAGCAGUGCGAGCGGCAGUAUUAUUUUGCAUUUAUCGAAACGCAAUAGAGGAAGUGACUCCGAUUCGGACCAGGAGGAAAAGGAUAAGAAAAAGCAGAGGGUAAAGAUUGAGAUGGUGAACGUGGAUUUUAAAGAAGAGCGAAAAGAAAAGACAGAAGGGAGAAUGGAGAAAAUGGAAGAGAUUAUGAGAAGAUUGUUGGAUGAAACGAAACGAGAAAUUAUGGAAAAAGUAGAACAAACAGGGGAAGAAAUAAGGAGAGAGUUAAAAAAGGAAAUGAAGGAAGAGAUUGGAAAAAUAAGAGCAGAAGAAAAAAAGGAAAGAGAGAAAUUAGAGAAUGAGCUAAAAGAACUAAAAGAAAAAGUACAAGAGAUGGAGAAGAAGAAUAGCGACCAAGAAAGAAGAGAGAGAAGAUUAAAUAUUGUUAUAAAAGGGGUAGAAGUAAAGGGAGGGAGUGUUAGAGAGAUGGUGGGAAGUGUGUUUGAGAAAAUAGGAUUGAAUGAGAGUGAAAUAAAUGUGAAGGAUGCAUUUAUGAUUAGAGGGAAAGAGAGAGAGAGUAUGAUAAUGGUAAAAUUGAACAGUAUGUAUGAUAAACGAAGGAUAAUGGAGAAGAAAGGCAAAUUAAGAGGAUCGAGAGUGUAUGUGGAUGAUGACAUGACGAAGAGUGAAAGAGAUAGACAGAGGGAGAUUAGGAGGUGGGCAAAAAAUGAGAGAGACAAGGGGUUAAAAAAGAAGGACGAGGAUUUUUGGAAAUUCUUGAACGAUUUUGAUGUGGUUGGUUUGAUAGAAACGUGGGUGGAUGAAAGCGGGUGGGGGAAGAUGAAAGAUAAAAUGCCGGAAGGUUGGCGUUGGAAGUGCCAGGCAGCCAGGAGAGAGGGAGGAAAGGGAAGAGCGAAAGGGGGAAUUGUGACUGGAGUGAGAAGGGAGCUGGAGGAAAGAGAGAUUGGGUAUGAGGAGAAGGAUGGUAUACAAGAAAGGGAAGUGGUUAUAGAUAGGGAGAGGUGGAGAUUUGUAAUAGUGUAUAAUAGGGAGGGACGAAAAGAAUGUCUGGUUGAUCUAAAUGAGGUGAUUAAAGAAGAGGAAGAGGGAAUGUUAAUGAUAGCGGGGGAUUUUAAUGCUAGAAUAGGGAAAGAAGAAGGGUGGAAUAGGCAAAGUAUAGAGGGAGACAGAACAAAGGAGGAAGAUAGCAGAGAGUCCAAAGAUAAAGUAGUAAAUAAGCAAGGAAGGGAUUUGAUGGAGGUGAUAGAAGAAAGAGGAUGGAUGGUUCUGAAUGGAGAAAAGGAAGGUGAUGAGAAGGGGGAGUGGACCUAUGAGAAGGGAGGAGGGAGGUCAGUAAUUGAUUUUGGUAUAGUGAAUUGGGAAGCCUGGGAGAGAGUAAGGAGAUUUGAGGUAGGGUGUAGGGGGGAGUCAGACCAUCAGCCAAUUUUGAUAGAGUUAGGGAAAUAUUAUGAAAGGGAAGAAGAGAGGGUAGGGGAAGAAUUAAGAUUUCAGGACUGGACAGAGGAGGGUACGAGCAAGUACAGGAAGGCAAUAGAAAAGGUAGAAUGGAUAGGGGGAGGGGUGAGAGAGAGAUGGGAAGAGUUGGAAAGAGAAAUUAAUAAGGCGGUGGAGUUUAAAAAAGGGGGGAAGAGAAAAGGGAUAGGGUGGUGCCCAUGGUGGGAUGUAGAGUGUAGAGAAAAAAAGAAAGAGAUGAAUAGAGCGCGAAGAAGGUACAGAAGAGAACAGGAAGAAGGAAGGUAUGACGAAUUCGUACGGUGUAAAAAGGAGUAUAGAAAGUUGUGUGAAGAGAAAGAGAGGGAACAGAAGAGACGGGAGGAAAAGGAGGUACAAAAUAUAAAGACAGAAGCAGAGGCGUGGAAAUUUAUAAACAGAGGGAGAAAGAAAAGGGAGGGAGUAUGUAAAGAAAUUGAAAUGGAGGUCUGGGUCAAGUACUUCACUGAAAGCUUAGGAGGAAUUGAGGAAAGAAAAGGGGAGGGAAAGAGAAUACGGGAAGCGGACAGGGUGGGAGAUGAGGGGAUAGGGAUAGAAGAGGUUAAAAAUGAAAUAAAAAGGUUAAAAAGAGGGAAAGCAGCAGGACUGGAUGGAAUAAAGAAUGAGGCAUGGAAGGAAGGAGGGGAAAUAAUUGGGAAGAGUUUGGAGAAGAUAUUAAAGGGGCUACUUUGGCAACCUAUCCCCUUAAAUGCUCCUAAAAUUAAUGUUCUCGAGCUUGCACGUUCAUAA